AUGGCUGCCUACUUCUCUUUAUUCCUGUUGCUGCAGCAGCUGCUGCUGCGGCUGCUGCUGCAGCUGCUGCUGCCGCAGCUACAGUUCGCGCAAGCAGACCCACCAUUAGAUACACUGCAGCAGUUAGCUGCAGCAGCAGCACGACGCCCUGGGAACCCUGAUGCUGCAGCAGCAGCACUGAAGCCAGCAGCAGCAGAAACAACGCUGCGAGGCGUACAUGGACAGCAGGAGUCCUCUGCGCCUCUUUCAACAGCAGCAGCAACGGCAGCAGCAACAGCAGAUGCAGCAGCAGCAACAGCAGAUGCAGCAGCAGCAGCAGUAGAACGGCUGCUAAAGGGGCAGCUGGAGCUGCCACUUACAUACAGCAGCAUUCUCUCGCUGCUGCCGCUGCUGCAGCAGCGCUUCCCUCACCUUGUCCGCGUUAAAGACGCAGUGAAGGUCUUCGGCCUGCAGGACGAAGCAAAGGAGCUUAUCUGUGGGAAUCAGACCUGCCGAGUGCCGUAUGUAGAGCUGGGCCUCCGCAGCAGCCUCAACAGGAGCACACCCACAAUCUUUUACAGCGGACUGCUGCACGGAGACGAAGUGGUGGGCCCCACCGUGGCGGUUUAUUUAGUUGCGCUUUUGGCCUCACAGUUUUCUGAGCUUGACGAGGUCAGCUGGUGGCUGCUGCCUUCGAGCGGUAUUUGUUUAUUGCGGGAAUUACAUGGCAUGGCGGCAUGCGAGGGGCUGCUGGUGGCUGCUGCCUUCGAGCGAUAUUUAUUUAUUGCGGGAAUUACAUGGCAUGGCGGCAUGCGGGCGAUCAGUCGGCCUUGGGGUUCCUUUGACCACUCAGAGCCCGUCGGGCAGGGUUCAUUCCGCAGUCGGCCUUCCCCUGACGAUGUGGCCUUUGCGAGGCUUGGCCAGUGGCUGCAGGAUGCGGGUGGCCCUAGCGCAUCGGAGUAUACAUCUCCUUAUUUAUCUGCUCACUUUGUUGCGGAGCAGCGGCGUCGUCGUGAGCAGCAGCGUUUGCAGCAGCAGCAGCAGCAGCAGCAGCAGCGUCAUUCUUUAUUGCGUUUAUUUUUAGGGGGAGAUGAGGAAGAGUUUGUCGAUGAACAAACCCCAGAACAAGCGCAUGCAUACUACCCCGAGGGCCCCAUCUCUGAUGUUAUAUAUCCUGUGAAUGGGGGUUUAGAGGACUGGGCGUAUUCUGCUGCUUUCCAGCCAAGCCCUCUCCCUAUCAGUGCAUGCAAAGCCAGCCCCAAAACACCCCGCAUGCAUGCGCAUGCGCAUGCGCAUGCACAAGCAAAACGCAUGCAAGCAGCGCAAGAAGAACACAUCCAUAUACCCUGGUGGCAACAGUGGCUUCCUGCUGCUGUCGCAGCUAAGCAACAAACCCUGCUAGAGAGUGGACACGCGCAGCAGAAGCAGCAGCAGCUGCAGCAGCAGCAGCAGCAGCAGCAGGAUGAAGAAGAAGAAAAACAACUAACCAUACAAGCAGACUUCUCUGCUGUUCGAUGCGCCAUCUACCUCGUUGAGACACAUGAUGAUAAACACCCACGCCUGAAAGAAUACGGGGAGUUUCCGGUGUCACUAGCUGCGGCGCCAGCUGUGGCGGAUGGGCUCGUAGCUCGGAAUGUCCGCAUAGCCGUGAAGAUGGCUGAAAAAGUUCAGCCCGAUCUGCUGAUCCUUGCAGCUCCUGCGAUGUAUCAAGCCCCAGACGAAGCAGGGGAAAUGCCAUGA